CAUAGUUGCAUGGCAACGAUAUAAUGUCAUACUAAAAUGCAGGAAAGACACUUCGCUGCACGAGAGGGUGAGUGAGCGAUUCAAUGAUUCAUUCAAAGUUCGAAGUUCAAACAAACAAUCGGUGACUCUUCUCUUUCUACAAUUCUGUGCUCUCUUCCAUUCCAUGGACGACUUCCUCGCUCUUAUUUGCCCUAAUUCUCCAUUCAUAUGGAAUGGAAAGAGAUACUCAUACUGUUUUGAAGACAUUCUUUUAGGCAUUGGAUUGAAUAUAGUGACUACUAUUAUUAUUGUUGUGCUUGGAUUUAAGCAGAAGAGUGGUCGAGGAGUUCACGGAUCGGAUGUGCAGAUGACUGUUCCAGAGAAAUCGGUUCUUUAUUUUGUACCAGCUAUUGAAGCAUGCCUUUCAGUCCUGGAAAUUAUUUUUGUGUGGAAGAAAGAACAUAAUAGUCAGUUUGUUGGAUAUCAUAAGUGGUUUUAUAGCUGUUCUGAAUUGAUUGUGUGGACAAAUAUCAUUCUCUUCUCAAAGCGUGCCAGCAGUCAUUACAUAAUCUUCAGUCGUGUUUUAUGCUUCUGGUGGAUUCUGAAACCAAUUUUGGGGGUCCUCCGUUUGGUGACUACAUUCCCAUCAUUGGAGGUUUCAGUUUGCAUCGUGGAAAGCUUAGUUGUUCUCUUGAGUAUCACGUAUGGCACAGCUAUAAAUGUGAUUAGGGUGAAGAGAGAGUCUUUCAAAAGAAGUUUAUUGGGAGAUCCACUUCUUUCCUAUGACUCAAGCCUUGAGGAGGGUGGCCAUCAUGACCUUGAAACUAAUGAGAGCAUUUGGGAUUUGAUGACUUUCAAAUUCAUAGCGCCAGUAAUGAACCGGGGGGUGGUAAAGCAAUUAGACUGUGAAGAUCUGCUGCAGAUACCUACUAAUAUGGCUCCAUCUUCUUGUCAUGAUAUAAUUUCAUCCUGCUGGCAAGCUCAAUUGACUAAUGAUGCUUCAAAGCCAUCCUUGUUUAGAGCACUCUGUAGUGCCUAUGGAUGGUCAUAUCUCUACCUGGGUUUGUUAAAGGUGAUUAAUGAUUGUAUUGGUUUUGUGGGACCAUUGCUUCUCAAUAAGCUAAUCCAGUUUCUUCAAAAAGGCUCAGUGACCUCUGAUGGGUAUUUACUUGCAGUAUCCUUGGGCCUGACCUCUAUAAUUAAAUCCUUUUUGGACACACAAUAUUCUUUUCAUCUUGCCAAAUUGAAGCUAAAGCUGCGAUCCAGCAUCAUGACUUUAAUAUAUGACAAGUGUCUACAUGUGAACCUAGCAGAGCGUUCAAAAUUCACAAAUGGAGAAAUUCAGACAUUUAUGUCAGUAGAUGCUGACAGAACUGUCAACCUGUGUAAUAGUUUCCAUGAUACAUGGAGCUUGCCUUUACAAAUUGGAGUGGCACUUUAUCUUUUAUAUACUCAAGUCAAAUUUGCUUUUGUAUCUGGAUUAGCUAUAACCAUUUUACUGAUACCAGUGAAUAAAUGGAUAUCACAAUUAAUUGCAAUUGCCACUGAACAAAUGAUGAAGGAGAAGGAUGAAAGGAUUCGUAGAACAGGAGAACUUUUGACCUAUAUUCGCACUUUGAAGAUGUAUGGAUGGGAACUUAUUUUUUCUAGUUGGUUGAUGGAGACAAGAUCUUUGGAAGUGAAACACCUAGCUACUCGGAAGUACUUGGAUGCAUGGUGUGUAUUCUUUUGGGCUACCACACCAACACUCUUUUCUAUUUUCACAUUUGGACUCUUCACACUGAUGGGAAAUCAACUUGAUGCCGCAAUGGUUUUCACUUGUCUUGCUUUGUUUAACACACUGAUAUCGCCAUUGAAUUCAUUUCCAUGGGUGAUUAAUGGAUUGAUUGAUGCCUUUAUAUCCUCUAGAAGGUUGAGUAGAUUUCUUUCUUGUCCUGAGCAUAGAUCCAAUGUGGGAGACACCGGUUCCAGUUCAUCAUCUUUCUUGAGUAAACAACCUGAUUCUUCACAAAGAUUGGCUAUCAUUGUCCAAGAUGUAUCUUGUACCUGGUCAAGCAGUGAUGAACCACCAUUAAAUAUGGUGUUGAGUCAUGUGACUCUAAGCCUGUCCAAGGGUUCCUUUGUUGCUAUUAUUGGAGAGGUUGGUUCUGGUAAAUCUUCCUUGUUAUAUUCAGUUCUUGGAGAAGCGCAACUUGCUCAUGGAUAUAUUUAUUGUGAUGGAUCCGUGGCAUAUGUACCACAGGUCCCCUGGAUUUUAUCUGGUACUGUACGUGACAACAUACUAUUUGGGAAAAGCUAUGAUCCUGUAAGGUAUACAGAUACACUGCAGGCAUGCGCAUUAGAUGUUGAUAUUGAAUUGAUGGUUGGACAUGACAUGGCGUAUAUUGGAGAGAAAGGACUAAAUUUAUCUGGUGGACAGAGAGCUCGACUUGCUUUGGCGAGCAGGGCAGUGUAUCAUGGCUCAGAUGUUAUUAUGCUUGAUGAUGUUCUGAGUGCAGUUGAUGCACAAGUUGCUCACUGGAUUUUACACAAUGCCAUUCUCGGCCCUCUUAUGCAAGGAAAAACUAUAUUGCUCUGUACUCACAAUGUGCAGGCAAUAUCUUUAGCUGACAUGGUUGUUGUAAUGGACAAGGGGCAUGUAAAAUGGUUGGGAAGUUCAGCUGCCUUUCCAAUUUCUUCAUACACAAGAUUCUCCCCAUCGAAUGAUAUUGAUUUAACUUCAAAAAAUCACAGAGAAUCUUGCAGCUCAGAUUCUUCAUCCAAACCUAAGGAGCAAUCUCUUCCUGAAAAAGAAAUUGUGCAUUCUCCGGAGAUAGCAGAGGAGAUAGUUGAAGUUGAGUUAAGGAAAGAGGGAAAAGUUGAAAUUGGAGUGUAUAAGAACUAUGCUGUCUUCAUUGGUCAGUUUGUUACAGUUGUUAUAUGCCUGUCAGCUAUCCUCAUGCAAGCAUCUCGGAAUGGAAAUGAUUUAUGGCUAUCAUAUUGGGUUGAUACAACAGAAACUGGUCAAACAGUGCACUCUGUGUCCUUCUAUCUGGCUAUACUAUGUCUAUUUUGUGCUGUGAAUUCCUUUUUCACAUUGGUGAGGGCAUUCUCUUUUGCGUUUGGUGGAUUACAAGCAGCAAUUAAGGUACACAAUAGACUGCUUAGCAAGCUUAUCAAUGCACCUGUGCGAUUCUUUGAUCAGACCCCGGGUGGAAGAAUACUGAACAGAUUAUCUUCAGAUCUUUAUACAAUUGAUGAUUCUCUUCCAUUCAUUAUGAACAUUCUCCUGGCUAAUUUUGUAGGCCUGUUGGGCAUUGCAAUCAUUUUGUCAUAUGUACAGGUCUUCUUCCUAGUCCUCCUAUUGCCAUUGUGGUAUAUCUACAGUAAACUACAGUUCUUCUACAGAUCCACAUCAAGAGAAUUACGCCGAUUGGACAGUGUUUCUCGUUCUCCAAUAUAUACAUCUUUCUCAGAAACACUUGAUGGAACUUCAACUAUAAGGGCUUUCAAAUCCGAGGACUUCUUCUUUGCCAAAUUCAUUGAACACAUCACAUUGUAUCAAAAGACUUCAUACACAGAGACUGUAGCAAGUUUAUGGCUUUCCUUGCGUCUUCAGUUAUUAGGUGCAUUUAUCAUCUCAUUCAUAGCUUUGAUGGCUGUUGUUGGAUCUCAUAGAAGUCUGCCUAUCAACUUUGGUACCCCAGGGCUGGUAGGAUUGGCCCUCUCAUAUGCAGCUCCUAUCGUAUCCUUGUUGGGGAGUUUUUUAACAAGUUUCACUGAAACAGAAAAGGAGAUGGUUUCAGUUGAAAGAGCACUUCAAUACAUGGACAUUCCUCAAGAAGAACAAGCUGGAUGCUUAAAUGUGAAUCCAGAUUGGCCUAACCUAGGAGUUAUUGAAUUCCAGAAUGUCACUUUGAAAUAUAUGCCAUCUUUGGCACCUGCAAUCUACAAUCUUAGUUUUACUAUUGCUGGAGGGACACAGGUUGGAAUAAUUGGAAGAACAGGUGCUGGAAAGUCUAGUGUGUUAAAUGCCCUUUUCUGCCUGACCCCAAUAUGUUCAGGCUCCAUUUUAGUUGAUGGUACGGACAUUAGAAAUGUUCCUGUCAGAGAACUGCGUACACAUUUGGCUAUUGUGCCUCAGAGUCCAUUCUUGUUCAAUGGAUCAUUAAGGGAGAACCUAGAUCCAUUUAAGAUGAGUGACGACUUAAAAAUUUGGGAUGCUUUGGAGAAGUGCCAUGUGAAAGAGGAAGUAGAAGAAGCUGGAGGGCUGGAUAUUCUUGUAAAGGAAGGAGGUAUAUCGUUUUCCGUUGGCCAGCGGCAGCUUCUUUGCCUUGCACGUGCGCUUCUUAAAUCUUCAAAAGUUCUCUGUUUGGAUGAAUGCACUGCCAAUGUGGACAUUCAAACUGCUUCGCUUCUCCACACCACCAUAUCCAGCAAGUGCAAAGGCAUGACAGUGAUCACAAUUGCUCACAGGAUUUCUACUGUCUUAAAUAUGGAUAGCAUUCUGAUUUUAGACCAUGGCAACCUGGCUGAACAAGGAAAUCCACAGGUUCUUCUGAAUGAUGAGUCCUCAUUAUUUUCCAGUUUUGUUAAAGCUUCAUCAAUGUAACUAACCAUCGAAGGUGGCCACUAACACUAGUUGAUGAGAUCAAACAACUUCAACUAUGGUUUUGACGUUGGUCUCCAGUAUGCGAAUGCGUUGCUGUUGAGGCCAUUAUUUAACAUCACAGAUCAUCAGUAGUGUGUGCUAGCAACUAAUCUCUGCCUGAUGGUGUUUUGGCUGUUGUCUUUGUUGGUCAAUUUCCUGUAGAACAUCAGAACUGAGGUUGCCUGUAUCUUAAUGAACUCUGAUGCAAGACCAUAGAUCAUUGCUAAUCCUAUGAAAGUUCUGUCUGGAUUAGUUUAAGCUCAAACAGAAAGCAAGAAAAAGAAGCAAAAGGAUGAAGAUACUCAGCUACCAGCUACGCUGCAGUUGAAUCAUAGCUUUGGGUGGGUGCCCCUUAAAAGAUUCUGGUUAGGGGACCUCUCCAAUGGUUAUUGUGUUGCUUAAAUUCUGUAUUAGAACUUUAAAAUGUAAAAACAGUUUUUGACAGUUACUAUAAGAUCAAUACAAGGUGCUCACGUGCUCUUGUAAAGUUUUAGCAGUUACUAUAACUAUGUUAAAUAUGUUCCAAAGUUUUUCGACUGUCAAAGAAAGAGUAUAAUUUGCAAUUGCAAAAGAAGAAUGCUUAUUAGCUUAAGCAUAUUGAUGCUGAACUUUGGUACUAUAACAACACCAAAAUUUUAUCUCA